AUGGAUAAAUCGGAUUCAAGCUUGACACAAAGCUCCAAUCCUGUUGUCUUUUUCGACAUUACAUUGGGUGGAAUUCCUUUGGGUCGCAUAAAAAUGGAGCUGUUUGCCGAUAUCACACCACGGACAGCUGAAAACUUUCGCCAGUUCUGCACAGGAGAGAGCAAGAACUCCCAGGGACGCCCACAAGGCUACAAAAACAGCAAAUUCCACCGUGUUAUCAAGGAUUUCAUGAUACAGGGUGGUGAUUUUGUUAAUGGUGAUGGCACAGGCUGCUGUUCUAUUUACAACACCCCCAGAUUUGCUGAUGAGAACUUCGUACUGAAACAUGAUAGUGCAGGUUUGCUGAGUAUGGCAAAUUCAGGACCUAAUACAAACGGCUGCCAAUUUUUCAUAACCUCAACUGCCACCCCUUUUCUUAAUAAUAAGCAUGUUGUCUUUGGUCGGGUAGUUGAUGGAAUGGAUAUUGUACGAAUGAUUGAGAAUACUCGGACAACAAGAGAUAAGCCCAACCAGGACGUGAUUAUUGCACAAUGCGGAGAGAUGUAA